CAACAGUUGUAGGUUAUCCACUUUACUGACCGACGAAAACGACUGGAGCGAGAGCGAGAGAGAGAGACGGAGCAGCUAUGGAUGGGUCCAUACCUCAUUCAACUGCAUGCUGAUAUUGGAGUGAAGCAGUCGUAGAUUCGGGACCUUGGAGCUUCUAGUUCGCGAGGGUUUGAAGUACAAGUUUCGUUUGUUUUGAGCUUGGCUUUUCUGCAAUGGGGAAAUCUCGGGGAAAAUGGAUCAAGACCAUAUUGUUUGGGAAGAAAUCAUCCAAGUCUAAUUUUUCAAAGAAAACUGCGACUAAGAAUGAGGAAUUCAUUGCUGCAAAGGCUUCAUCUAGUGAUCUGGCUGCAAGUUCACUAGUUUCAGAUCCAGCACUCCACACAGCUGAAAGAAGCAGGGAGAACGAGUUUGCUAAGGGAGCUGUCAAUUUGCCUCAACAUGUUAAUCCUGAUGAAGGUACACAAGGAACUGCAGAGCUUGGUUCACCAAAUAAUUCUGAUAAAGCCCAGCAAGAGCAAGCUAUUACAAAAGUCCAGGCAGCUUAUAGGGGCUAUUUGGCUCGCCGGGCAUUUCGGACCCUCAAGGGCAUCAUAAGGCUGCAAGCAGUUAUUCGUGGACACCUGGUUAGAAGACAGGCUGUUGCUACUUUAUACUGCAUGCAGGGAAUUAUUAAGUUUCAGGCUUUGAUUCGUGGACGAAGGAUCAGAUUUUCUGACACUGGGCUUGAAGUACAUAGACGAUGCAGUCUAGAAAAGCCUCUGGAUACUAAGCAGGUGGAUUCAGUUGGAAUAAUUAGAUCCCCAUUGUCGGAGAAGCUAUUGGCUAAUGCUUUUGUUAUUAAGCUUCUUGCAUCAUCAACCACUCCUUUGCCACUGCAUCUUCAAUAUGAUCCGUUUGAUUCAAAUUCAUCUUGGAGCUGGCUAGAUCGUUGGUCAUCAUCCCACUUUUGGAAAUCACCUGCGCAACCAAAGAAGGCUCGUGACUCAAAGCCUCGAAGAAAGCAGGCUAACAGUCGAAGCAUAGAAAUGGAACAAGGCAGACCAAAACGAGGUACCCGAAGGGCUUCCAAUGUAAAUUCUGAUAAUUCACUGCCAUCUGCCUCCGAAUAUGAAAAACCCAAAUAUGGCUUGAGGAAGCUAUCAAAUUUGCCAUCUGAAUCAAUGCAGGAGAACCCUCAAAAUGAGCUUGAGAGGGUUAAACGCAAUUUGAGAAAAGUUUCUAUGUGCACAACAGAGGCUAAUGAAAGGUCAGAAUUAAUUGUGAACGAGAAACCAAAGCAAAUUCUUAGAAAGGUGUCAAAUUCCCCAGCUCCUGAUGUUUCAGAGCAGGUCAACACUGUUGCAUCUGAGAAAACAAUGGAUCCAACAGCGACAGUGUCUAAGGAGCCUGAGAUGGAUGUACCUCUGAAGCUGUUGGCUGGGGAUGAGACAGUUGAUGGGCUUCAUGAUGAUCAACCUGUUGUGGAAGAAUGUCCGUCUGACAAUGGUGGGGAAAAUGGGAGCCUGUCUGUGGUGAAUGAAGAGUUAAUCUCCAUGGAAGGUCAAACUUGCAAGCAAAGCCAUCGAACCAGGAGGAGGAGAUCUCUUCCAAUAAAGCAGGAAGAAAUGGAAAAUCAUUCACAGAACAAUCUAUCCUUGCCAAGCUAUAUGGCAGCAACUGCAUCUGCAAAAGCAAAAGUCAGAGCCCAAGGAUCCCCAAGACUUGGUCAAGAUGAGACAGAAAAUGGUUUUGUCAGGCGGCAUUCUCUGCCAUCUUCUACUAAUGGAAAGUUGAGUUCACCAUCACCACGGAUGCAUAGGACACCUCAAGCAAGUGGCAAGGGAGGACCCAAAAGUGAUCGAUCUUUAUCAUCUUCCAGAGAUGGUCAUGAGAAGGCGACCCAGGCAGCGUGGAGGAGGUGAGCUUCAACUUUUGUCUGCUGAAAUUUAGGAGGUAGAAGGUGACAAACUGUGUGCAGUUUGAUAUGCUGAUGUGAGAAACUUUGUAGAUUAUGAAAAUGAAUUUGACCGAAUAAUAGGUGAUGAGUGCCUGGAUUCUCUACUGGUUUUCUUUAGCAUUUGAUGAUUUGUUGAGUGCAUAUGUAUAGUCAUAGGGGUCCAUAGCCUUUCAUUUUUGUGUUGGUUUUAUGUAUGCUAAGCAGUGUGUUUUAUUCUUUAUUUGUGGUAGGAAAGAGUUGCAAGGUGUAGGUAACGUUUGGCUUGCUUGUUUGUUAAUACAGUUACUCAUCAAUAGUUGAAUAUUUAGGGUUUCUCUUGUCCUGA